ACGGGACUAACGGGCGGAUAUUUUCAAAAUGGAAGAAAUUGCAAGGUUUUGGAGGGGAACAGAAGAACAACAUUUAUUUACCCUCUGACAGCUCCUGUAGGGAUUAUCGAUGCACUCUGCCGAUCGAGGACUAAUGUUACAAACGUGCAUGCAUAAGCAAGGCGAAAACCUGACGCGAUGAGUGUUUCGAUCGGCGAUAAAAUUGAGGACUUUAAGGUCCUCACUCUUCUUGGUAAAGGCUCCUUUGCGUGUGUUUACCGGGCAAAAUCAGUGAAGACGGGUCUGGAGGUUGCUAUUAAAAUGAUUGACAAAAAAGCAAUGCACAAAGCUGGUAUGGUCCAGCGUGUGACGAACGAGGUGGAGAUUCACUGCCGAUUGAAACAUCCUUCAGUACUUGAGCUGUACAACUACUUUGAGGACAGCAACUAUGUGUACUUAGUGUUGGAGAUGUGCCACAAUGGAGAGAUGAGUCGGUACCUUAAAGAGCGGAAGAUGUCUUUCUCUGAGGACGAAGCAAGACAGUUCAUGCAUCAGAUAGUGAAAGGAAUGCUGUAUUUACAUACUCAUGGCAUCUUGCAUCGAGACCUGACCUUGUCAAACCUUUUGCUGACCAGCAACAUGAAUAUCAAGAUAGCAGACUUUGGCCUGGCCACUCAGCUCAGACUCCCAAAUGAAAAGCACUUCACCAUGUGUGGGACACCCAAUUACAUCUCCCCAGAGGUGGCCACCCGCAGUGCUCAUGGCCUGGAAUCAGAUGUCUGGUCGCUGGGGUGUAUGUUCUAUGCCUUCCUGAUGGGUCACCCCCCGUUUGACACAGACACAGUCAAGCACACCUUGUCUAAAGUGGUUCUCGGGAAAUAUGAAAUGCCCAGUCAUAUUUCUCUAGAGGCUCAGGACCUGAUCCAUCAGUUGCUGCAGAAGGACCCCGCCCACCGGCCCAGUCUCUCUGUUGUGCUGGACCACCCCUUCAUGACCCAGAACUUGCUGGGCAGGAUAAAGGAGCUGGGGGAUGAAGGAUCUAUGGACAGCGGCAUCGCUACCAUCUCCACAGAAUGCACUUCCUCCACCUCAGCCAGCAGCAGCAGCCGCCUCCAAAGAAGGACCAGACACAUGAUAGGCUCUGCCCUGCCUAACCGCAUGGCACCUAUUCCUAGUCUUCCACGCCAACACAACAGUGCAUGUUUUGAGGACCGAGAGCAGUGGCAGCAGCAGCCUGACAGAUUUCACAGAGAGGGUCGGAGCAGGGCUUUUCAUGGUGGGGAGAGCGGGCAGCCUCAUUCUCGCUAUCUGAGGAGGGCACACUCUUCUGAUCGCUCUAGCUCUACAGCAUCAGGCCAGGGGUUGAAUCACACUGACCUGGGGAGAUGCCACUCAGAGGAGGCUUUGACUGGAGUAGGAACACCAGCCUUCCCCAUGUCUACCUCUCAACACCCAUUUUCAGAGCACGCGAGGCUUCCAUCUCCCCCUGUCAAACAGUUGGCAAAUUCUGGGUAUUCAUUAUCCACACAGACAGCACAUCCACCAAACCAAUUGCAAUUUCAAGACCUGGAGGGAGUUACAAAUUGGCUUAAUAAUGAGGGUUCUGGGCAGAGACACACAGACAGCAGCGCGCACAGCAGCAGAGGACCUUUAGGGAUUCACAAUUCCUGGACAGACAAGCCUGUGGGCCGAGAUGCAAACCCUCACCACAACCAGCAUCACCUGCACCACCAGCGUUCCUCCAGCCCCUGCUCAUACAGGGAGAAUGUACCUGGAGCAGAGUUCCAGCCCCUUCACAGCACAGAGUUAAAGCUCCCUUCAGCCAAACCCAGCAUAGAUAAGGAGAGGAAAAUGCUGAGAGACAUAGUCCCUCCGCUGUGCGCAUCCAGAGUGAAGCCUAUCAGACAGAAGACCAAAAAUGCUGUCGUGAGCAUCCUGGACACUGGCGAGGUGUGUAUGGAGUUAUUAAAAUGCCACAGUGGGCAAGAGAGGGUCAAAGAAGUCCUUCGGAUUUCCUGUGACGGCUCAAUGGUGACAAUAUACCAACCUAAUGGUGGAAAGGGUUUUCCUGUGUUGGACUGCCCUCCUGCUCCUCCAGAAGAUAUUCUUAUUUGCAGCUACGAGGAUCUUCCAGAAAAAUACUGGAAGAAAUACCAGUAUGCUUCCAAGUUCGUGCAGCUCGUGAAAUCCAAGACUCCAAAAGUGACUCUUUACACAAAGUAUGCAAAGGUCAUGUUGAUGGAGAACUCUCCCAAUGCAGACCUUGAGGUUUGCUUUUAUGAUGGAGCAAAGACCCACAAGACAUCAGAGCUGGUUCGCGUGGUGGAGAAGAGUGGAAAGUCAUACACAGUGAAGGGGGAGGUGGGGCUGAACGGCCUGAGCCAAGAGAGCAGGAUGUACGUGGAGCUGUCUAACGAGGGUCACAGCGUGUGUCUGUCACUAGAGGCCGCCAUCACAGCAGAAGAGCAGCGCAGCACCAAGAACAUCCCCUUUUUCCCCAUAACUAUUGGCAGGAGACCUGCCAACCCAGACUCCCUGUGUUUGCUGUCGCUGCCCUCCCACCCACUGCCUCCUGAUACCGCUUCACCUCCUCACCCUCCACAAAUCACUCCUUCGAUGAUCUCCUACGAUGGGUCUGAUUUCACCACCGCCAGCCUGGGUAAGAAAAGCUCCCCAGUGCGACAGGACCUGGUACAAAGUGCAGGAAAAGUGGUGAAAUCAAUAUUUGUGCCCAAUGUUGGAUGGGCAUCCCAGCUGACAAGUGGAGAGGUGUGGGUCCAAUUCAACGAUGGAUCUCAGUUAGUGGUUCAGGCUGGAGUUUCCUGCAUCACCUACACAUCUCCAGAGGGGAAGAUCACCAGGUAUAAGGAGAACGAGAAAUUGCCAGAGCUCGUCAAAGAGAAGCUCCACUGUCUCUCCACCAUUCUUGAACUGUUGGCCAAUCCAACUACUCGUCAUCUACAACCUCAUUAACACUUUGUGGUGGUAAAAAAAAAAAAAAACAACAAACAAACAUCCCAGUGUCACAUAAACCUGACCUAGAACCGAAAGUAGCAUUAGUCUGUAUACCGUCUUGUCUGGUGUUCUUGUAAAUAUGUUUUGUUUUUUUUACAUGUACAUAAAACUAAGAUUAUGAAAGAUAUAUUUUUAUUUUAAUAAGAAACCAUUUUGUAAAGUCUCAAUUGGCCUACUUGAAAAAGUUUUUUACCAUCUUCAAUUCUAUGAUGUGACUAACACUGAAGCAAUAAACAGCAGGAGGCUAAGUGGACAAUUGUCGCACUUUGUUUUGCAGUCUUCUCUUUGCACUCGAUUUAAUCCUGAAGUAAUGUUUGUACAAAGAAAUAUAAAAUUUCAUAUAAUUGAAACUUGUUUUAAUUUGACUGUGUUUGAUAGGAUGCUACCUCCCACUAUAGCCAAAGAAAUAACACGGGACAAAAUAACGUGCAGCCACAAACUGUUAAUUAAAGCCGAGCUUAAUAAAAUGCAGCUGGUUCAGGUUUCACAUGUUUAAUUUGCCCUGUUGGUUUGGCCAUUUAAUUAAGAAAAAGUCACAAAAUUGUGGAUUCCUCUCAAUUACAGAACUGAUAAACAUACUGUAUGGAUGUUAAGCCUAAUCAUAUAUACACUUAUUGUACAAGACACCCAAGGAGUAAACACUCAGGUGGAGGCUUGGAGCAUGACGACAUGGCCUGUGUUACAGACAGAACCAAGGGUAGGAUUAACCAUUUAUUUGUCAUUUAGAAGCACAAUAAGGAACGAAGAGAUAGGACAGUAUAGUGGUGUACACGGACCUUUCCAGCUUAAACAGGGAGAUGCCCUCAAUUUCACCCCUUGGUGAUCAUAUUCUGAGACCAGCCAGUUUCCUCUGAGCCUGCUGCAAUACUUUGACUUUCUGAAUUUAUUCUUGCUUCUUGAUAAACUGUGGUCAAUUAAAAUAAAAAAAUGAACAGUGU